CAAAGAAAUUGAAAGUGGAUACUGACGAUAUCGAUAUACAAAGUGAAUUUGGUUACCGAAUUAUAAACUUUUUUGCCGUUUUCUCUGCCAUUUCGGAAUAUGUGAAGUGCAAAACGUGCAACUCUGAUAUACGAUUUCUCGAAUCAGGUACGCGGGGUUUAGGCUUCAAAAUAACCGUCUGUUGCCCGAAUUGUCCAAAAGUUGAAAUCCCGAGUUGUCCAUUCAUACGAAAUGGAUAUGAAAUUAACCGUAGGAUUGUACUAACAAUGCGACUAUUAGGAGUAGGGCUAGCUGGAAUAAUGAAAUUCUGCGCAUUUAUGGAAUUGCCACGGCCUAUAUUUCAAAGUUGUUACGACCGUGCAGUAAAUAUGAUUUUGAUCGCAACGAAAGCCGUGCGAGACUGUAGUAUAAAAAAGGCAGCAGAAGAUGAGAAGAAGAAAAGUGAAGAAAAUGGAUUGCAUACAGGAAUAACUGUAUCUGGUGAUGGUUCCUGGAGGAAACGAGGAUUUUCGUCUCUUUUCGGGAUCACAUCAUUGAUCGGAUGGUUUACAGGGAAAAUUGUUGACAUUGAAGUGAAAUCGAAAUACUGUAAAGCUUGCGAGCACUGGAAAAAUAAAUUAGAUACUGCUGAGUAUGAAGAAUGGCUCGAAACUCAUGCCGAUCAAUGUCAGUCGAACCAUGAAGGCUCAUCGGGUAAAAUGGAGGUAGAUGCUGUCAUCGAGAUGUUUCAACGUUCCGAAGCUUUACACGGACUUAAAUACGCAAAUUAUAUAGGUGAUGGUGACAGUAAAACUUUCAAGGGGAUAUUGGAUGCAAAACCGUAUGAAAAUUUUGAAGUGUCAAAAAAAGAAUGUAUUGAUCAUGUACAAAAACGAAUGGGCACUCGGUUGAGAAAUUUGAGAAAAAAAACAAAAAAUCUUGGAGGAAAAGGAAAAUUAACUAUGAAAUUAAUUGAUCAGUUAACAAUUUAUUAUGGCUUGGCCAUUCGACGGAAUUCAAACUCGUUGGAAAAUAUGAGAAAUGAAAUCUGGGCGACAUUAUUUCAUAAAAUGUCAACUGACGAAAAUCCACAGCACGAAAAAUGCUCAGAGUCUUGGUGCGAAUGGAAGAAGGCGCAAGCAACGGGUUCCUUAGACUCCUUUCAUCAUAAGCCGGCACUAUCGAACGAAGUUUUUGAAGCCAUCAGACCAAUCUACGAGGAUUUGAGCCGUGACGAGUUGCUGAAUCGUUGCUUGGGAGGCUAUACGCAGAACAGCAACGAAAGUUUUAAUUCUACAGUCUGGCACUUGGCUCCUAAAAAUUAUUCAAGCGGAAAGAAAAUAUUACAAAUAGCAAGUGACAUUGCUGUUUGUAAUUUUAAUGAUGGACUGAUAAACGUUUUAAGAAUAAUGAAAGUGAUGGACAUGAACAUUGGACCACAAUCCUACAACUUUUGCUUAGAGACGGAAGCUGCU